GCCCCCAAACCACUUUGCCCGUUGAGUGCUCCAUUUCUACUGUAUUUAUAAUUAUAAAGAAAGAAAGAACAGAAAACAGGAUCAAGUUGGUUCAUUUAUUAUCCAUUCUUUCACUUCAGUUCUUCACACACACCAAGUGUUCCAAUGGCUCCUCACAUUCUCCUUUUACUCUCUCUACUCUCUCUAAUCGCAUGCACUUCUUCCAACCCCAACACCAUCACUCUCCCUCUCUCCCCUUUAUUCACAAAACCCCAAUCCUCAGAUCCAUUCCACGCUUUCAAACUCGCCGCUUCAGCUUCUCUAACAAGGGCCCACCAUCUCAAGCACCGCAAUUCUUCAUCCCUCACCACACAAGUCUUCCCCAAAAGCUACGGAGGAUACUCCAUAGAUCUCAAAUUCGGAACUCCACCCCAAACCUCUUCCUUCGUCUUGGACACUGGAAGCAGCCUCGUUUGGUUCCCCUGCACCUCUCGCUACCUCUGUUCCCACUGUCUCUUCCCAAACAUCAACCCAUCAACCAUCUCCACCUUCAUUCCCAAAAACUCUUCUUCUUCCAAGUUAGUCGGUUGCAGAAACCCCAAAUGCGGUUACCUUUUCGGCAACGACGUUCAAUCUCGAUGCCCACAAUGCAAACCCGCAUCUCAAAACUGUACACUUACUUGCCCUGCUUACAUCAUCCAAUACGGGUUGGGCUCCACCGCUGGUUUCUUACUCCUCGAAAAUCUCAAUUUUCCGGGAAAAAUUGUAACUGAUUUUCUCGUCGGCUGUUCCAUCCUCUCCGUCCGGCAACCCUCCGGGAUCGCCGGAUUCGGACGUGGGAAAGAGUCGCUUCCGUCGCAGAUGGGUCUCAAGAGAUUCUCCUACUGCUUAAUUUCCCACCGGUUCGACGACUCGCGGGAAAACAGCGACCUCAUUUUGCAGAUUGGCUCCACCGGCGACGCCAAAACCACCGGCCUGAGUUACACGCCGUUUCACAAGAACCCGUCCGGGAACAACUCGGCAUUCGGCGAGUAUUACUAUUUGAACCUUCGCAAGGUCAUUGUCGGCGGCGAGAGAGUGAAGAUUCCGUUGGAGUUUUUGGAAUCAGGUUCUGACGGUAAUGGGGGAACCAUCGUGGACUCUGGGAGUACCUUCACGUUCAUGGAGAGGCCCGUUUAUAAUUUGGUGGCCCAAAAGUUCGAGAAGCAAAUGGCGAAUUACACGCGGGCCAAGGACGUGGAGGCCCAAUCGGGAUUGGGGCCGUGUUUUAAUUUAUCCGGCGUGACGACGGCGAGUUUCCCGGAGUUAACUUUUCAGUUCAAAGGCGGCGCCAAAAUGACGUUGCCGCUUCCUAAUUAUUUCUCGUUGGUGGGCGAUUCGAAGGUGGUGUGUUUGAUCAUUGUCACCGGCGGAGGUACCGGUCCUUCGAGGGCAUCCGGUCCGGCGAUCAUCUUGGGGAACUAUCAGCAGCAGAAUUUCUACGUUGAAUUUGAUUUGGAGAAUGAGAGGUUCGGAUUUCGGCCUAAGAGUUGCAAAAGGAGUGCUUAGUUUAGUAUAGCUGUAAAGUAACAUUGGAAGUGCAUGGUUGUUGCUGAUGGCGGCCACCGUUUUUAUUGUUAUUUUUUAUUUAUUGUUGGGGUCAAUGCAGUAACUAAAAUUCAUUGUGGGGUUCAUAAUGUUGCAGAAACAGGGUAUGGAUAUUAAGAAUAAUUUCAAAUGAAUAAAUAUAUGGUUGGUUUAUCAAGUGAGACUCACCAUUUUGAGAAUGAAUCUAUUCUUUUUCAUGUUCUUUCAGA